AUGGUGAGAACUCCAUCUGUUGACAAAAAUGGAAUGAAGAAAGGUGCAUGGAGUGAAGACGAAGACAACAAAUUAAGAGCUUUUGUUGAAAAGCAUGGCCAUCCGAAUUGGCGGCAAUUGCCUAAAUAUGCUGGACUAAUGAGAUGUGGAAAGAGCUGCAGACAGAGAUGGAUGAAUAACUUGAGACCUGGUUUGAAGAAAGGGAAUUAUAGCCUUGAAGAAGAGGAACUCAUUAUUAAAUUACACAAUGAACUCGGAAACAGAUGGUCAGCCAUUGCAGAAAAAUUACUAGGAAGAUCGGACAACGAUAUCAAAAACCAGUGGCAUGCUCAUCUUAAGAAAUGUGCGAAUGUAAAUACCAAUUCAUCAACGUCAACAGAGUUUGACAAUCUUCUUAUAAAGUUUCACAACAUGAAGCUGACUGUGAUAUGA